AUGACGUUUAAUUCGGUCUGGGUAUUGAUAUCUAAAAUCAUCAGUGGAGCUGUUGUUAUCUCGUUCCGCUACAUUCAAGCGCCCUCUAUGGUGGAGUCUCUUAUGAAGGAGUCAAUAAUUCACCAACCGAACGAGGGGAACUACACCUGGUUGAAGUCAAGGCAAACGCAACAUGACUACUCCAAAGACCUCGAAGUUUUCAUACCUAUGGUCUCUAAGAUGACUCCAGAAAGCUGUGCAUCAAUAGCCGUGAAGCUUGACAAUCUGACAGAAGGAAAUGUCAGUACUGCAGCGAUCCUCGGCCAUUUCAAACGGUUACUGUUAGAGCAGCACAGCAUGCAGCUCAUAGAGAGCGUGACAAGGACGAAGAAUAGAAAGAGGAACAGAGUGUGUCCAGAUUUAGGGGAGCGGCAACCUACUGUGUCUUUUAUUUUAGACUAG